GAGGGUGAGUCAUUCUGCUUUGAGAAUCAGAAAAUAACUCUAAUGUCCCUCUUUUCUCUUCUUCCUUCCUACAGAUAAUCUUUUUUCAAGAAAUGACCACUUUCAACCAUUCCUCAGUGAUUGAGUUUAUUCUUGAAGGGUUAACAAAUCUCCCACAGCUCCAACUGCCACUUUUCCUCCUGUUCCUUGGAACUUAUGUGGUCACAGUGGUGGGGAACCUGGGAAUGGUCAUUUUAAUUGCUAUCAGUUCUCAACUUCACUCUCCAAUGUAUUAUUUUCUCAGUCACUUGUCAUUCAUUGAUCUCUGUUACUCCUCUGUCAUUACCCCUAAGAUGCUAGUGAACUUUGCGUCAGAAAAGAACAUUGUCUCCUUUCUGGAGUGCAUGGCUCAACUUUAUUUCUUCCUUGCUUUUUUAAUUGCAGAAGGCUACCUUCUGACAGCCAUGGCAUACGACCGCUAUGUUGCUAUCUGUAGCCCACUGCUUUACAAUACCAUCAUGUCCCAUAGGGUCUGUUCCAUAAUGAUGGUUGUGGUAUAUUCACUGGGUUUGUUUAGGGCCACAGUCCAUACCACCCACAUGUCAAUGUUGUCCUUCUGUGAGUCUCAUAUUGUCAGUCAUUAUUUUUGUGAUAUUAUCCCUCUGUUGACUCUUUCUUGUUCUAGUACCCACAUUAAUGAGAUUCUGCUGUUUAUUAUCGGAGGUGUUAAUACCUUAGCACCUACCCUGGCUGUUCUCAUCUCUUAUGCUUUCAUUCUUUCCAGUAUCCUUCGUAUUCGCUCCACUGAGGGCCGGUCCAAAGCCUUUGGCACUUGCAGCUCCCAUCUUAUGGCCAUGGGGACCUUUUUUGGGUCUAUAACAUUCAUGUAUUUCAAGCCUCCUUCUAGCAAUACUAUGGAACAGGAGAAAGUGUCCUCAGUAUUUUAUACCACAAUGAUUCCCAUUCUGAAUCCCUUGAUCUACAGCCUGAGGAACAAGAAUGUGAGGAGCACACUGAGGAAGGCGGUUGCGGGCAGGUAGUCAUCCUCACAGUGGGGAUUCUCAUACAGAGCAAGAGAAAAUGAACCAGAAGAAAAGUUGUCCUGAGCUCUGUGUAAUUUUCUUUCUCUUCCAGGGGAAUUCAUUUCUGGUUAUGAAAUACAAAUUUUUACGUGAGAAUGAUUGAGACAUUUUUGGAGGUAAUCGAUUAGUAAGAACUUCUGAGAAUGAAUAUAAUCUUAAAAGUAUUCUAUGUACUAGAGAAACAGGAUUUUACAGGAGAGGAAGGAUAAAUAAAGAAGAAUAUAUUUAGUAUAUUAAUUUUAAAAGCGCACUGAAAAAUAGGAUUGUGUUAAGGGUUGUGUUUGAGAAGGGAUGAUGUUAACUGGAUCAAAAUUCCUGCAUGUCUUUCAACUUUUUGAGUGCAAGAACUGUUUUCAGCCCCAAAGCCUUCGGAAUAUUGAAGUGGAGCUGUGAGAGGUAUACUACUUACAGUGAAAACUAACUUGUAGGUGGAUUAUGGUGUGUGUGUGUUUCUGUAGAGCUGGUGUUGAUUUAGCAGUAAAAACGCAGAAGAGAUCAGGGAAAGGAAAUUGUUCCCAGUUACAUUCUGAGAAUUUUUAAAAAUCAGAGAUAAGGAUCAAAAAGUACUGAUCCACUUCCAAAAUCAAACAAGUAAACAAAGUUUCUAGCUGGAGAUUCCUGUUCUAGUGCACAGAAAGAAUUUAGGAAAUAACUGAAAAGAAGGAAGGUUGUGGUACGUCACAAGUCCUACUGAGCUGUAUCAGUGAAGCAGGGAUUGCAAAGUGUCGUAUACAUAGAGAUAUGAAAAUGUACAAAGUCUUGUUUCUAUUCUGCCAAGAUAAGCUCUUCUUUGAACUCAGCCUGCUGGGUGUAACUCACUAGCAGUAGAAGAAAGCAUAGCUGUGUGUGUGCGUGCAUGCGCACAUGCAUGUGUGAGAGAAGCUUAAGAUGAAGGUUAGGGUGAGAAAAGAAGAGUUAGCAAGACAGAGAUUUCUCUUAUCAACAGUUUAUACAUACUCUGUAAGAUCAUUGGUAGCUAUUCUGAAGUCCCACAUUGUCUUUAAAAGACAUUAUUUAGGUUGCUAUGAGUCAGAAUUGACUUUUUGGCAAUGGGUUUGGUUUUUUGGUUUUAUCUAGCACAAAGUCUAGUUAGACUGUGCCUCCUAUUUGGGGAGUUGAAUUCAUUCCUCAAUUUUUACUAAAAUAAUCAUUUUAAUGAUGCCAGUGAUAUUUCAUUUCCCCCUGAAUUCCAUAGCUCUUAUCUAAUGACUGCAUGACCCCAGUUUUGUAUACCCUGUAAGGUCGUAUAUAUCCACUUUUACCCUUUGGUGUAGGUAUCUAACCUUUUUACAAAACACAAAUACUAUCCAGUCUUGCUGGUGGUUCUGUGUGCUGGAACAUCACUCCAGGCAUCAGACAUAACCCCCAGCUCACUCUGCUCUUAAGUAUAAAGCUCUCUAUCAGAGGUUUGUGAUGAAGUAGCUGUGAAUAAAGAUAAAUGGUUUUGCAUCUCUGGAUUUUGUCAACAAUUUGAAUGAAGAGACAAAGAAGUUAAAACCAGAUUUCAUAUGAUGUGAAGUUGUGAGAGCAGUUAAUACAACAGAUGGUAGAAUCACAACACAUAGAGAACUCUUAAAGGCUGGAGCGAUGGUCAUAUUCAAUGAGACUAAAACUGAUUUGGGUAAUAAGAGAUUCUAUACUUUUGGACAAAAAAAUAGUGGGAGAUUCACUGAUUAACUGCAUAUAAUUAAGAGUUUUUGUUUGUUGACAAUAUAGUAAAUAGUAUUUUAUUGUGUGGCAUCAAGUCGAUUCUGACUCAUAGCUACCUUAUAUCUAUC